AUGCUGAUCCUGACUUGCCCGGGCCACCUGCGGCGCCUGGAGGAGGCCCUGCGGAGGAGCCUGCCUGCCACCCUGCCGGUUCUGGGGACCGUCAUGACGGUGGCCCGAGGCAACCCGGCCUCCCACGAGGUGUUGGUGGACUCCUGGCCCCAUUUCGGCGUCGUCCUGACCCGAUUGCGCCCAGAGGAGAACAAGGACCCCAAGGACUUCUACACCAACCAGCUGACGGUCUACUACCGGGACGAGGGGGCCUGGCGGGCACUGCUGGGGGGCACCGAGGCAGUGGGCUGGACCCAGGCCUUCCAAAUCCACGGGAUGCAGGAGGGGCUGUACCAGGCAGUGCGCGAGGCGGCCGACGCCAAGGGGCUGCGGGUGGAGACGUAUCGGUACCAGGCGCUGCUGAGCCCCCGGCCCCCCCAACCCCGCGUGCAGGUGCCACCAGGACUGCGCCUGGCACCCGUGUCCCCGUCCCACGUCCCGUUGCUCAACGCCACGUGGGCUUUUGGGCGCAACACCCGCAGCCACCGGUUCCUGCUGGGGGUGGUGCAGGCGCUGCCCAGUGCCUGCCUGCUGGCACCCCACGGGCGCCCCGUUUCCUGGAGCCUCUUGGACCCCCUGGGCACCCUCAGCCAUGGCUACACGUUGCCCGCCUGGCGGGGACAGGGCCUGAGCGGGGUGACGUUGGGUGCCCUGGGCCGGGUGUUGCACGCCCGUGGUUUUCCCAUCUAUUGCGGGGUGCUGCCCCACAACACCCCCUCGCAAUGA